AUGCCCAGAAGCACCAAUCAGACUUCACCAUCCGUAAAGUUGUCCAAUGGAUUCAUCCUACCUGAGGGCAAACUGACUCCCAACGCCCUCUUCGUUGGUGGGAUCGACAUGAAGGUGGAUGAAAAUGAAAUGCGGGACUUCUUUGCGAGAUAUGGCGCUGUUAGGGAAGUGAAAAUUAUCACCUACCGUGGAGGGAUCUGCAAAGGUUAUGGGUUUGUGUACUUCAACGAAGAUGUCAACAUUGAGUCAAUCAUUGAGCAACAAAUCAGUUUUAAAGGCCGUAAACUCAAGCUGGGCCCUGCCAUCAUGAAAGGAAGGAGCUCUCGGUCCAUCCCAUCCCGUCUGGUUGGCCCGAAUCCUUGGAUGAGUCCCACGCAGUACUUCUACUGUGCCUGCUGCUCACCCAUGGGAGGAGGGGUAGCGCAACCCGUGCCCAUCCUCAAUGGAGGCAGCCAAUACAAUCAGCCAUACUCCUACGCCAACUUCGGAGGGGUCAUGAUCCCACAGAUGCCGAUGAACUACGCGCAGAAUGCCUACGCCUACCAGUACACCCCUCCUCCCUGGACGCCGGACCAGAGGACUCCGCCUGUCAAUCAGAACUUUGUGGACUGUGGAGUCCAGACUAUGCUGACUGUGCUGUAA